AUGAAUUUUACCAAUAUCUUCAAAUCAAUAUCCAAUUUUCAAUUUCCAUAUUCUAUCGAAGAUACUCCCAUCCACUCUACCCCAUUAUGGCAAGUGUUUAAUGGUACAAGAAAGUCUGAUUCGACCCCAGUCACUGUUUUUAAGGCUAAUAGAUCACCAGAUAACGAACGUUUAAUUUUAAAUGCUACACACAAAGCGAAAGUGAUCAAAAUUCCUGGUUUGUGCCCAGUUUUAGAAACUUUCGAUACUGAUGCCCAAUCUACAUUUAUCGUCACAGAACAUGUGAUACCUUUCAAUUGGGAUAACUUAAAGGAUUUAAAUAGGAAUAAAGAAUCUAUCCAAUUAGGUAUUUCCCAAAUUGCUGAUACAUUAGAUCAUUUAACUCAAUUUGUUCUUGGUAAUCUAUCAAAAGAAAGUAUCUAUAUCAAUUCAAAAGGUCAAUGGGUUUUGUUUGGUCUAGAAUUGUGCCAAGAUAAAAAUUCUUUAAAUUUAUCGGAAUUUAAAACUAAUCUAUAUUCAUACAAUAAGUUUAUGGGCACGCAGAUUUUAACCGAUGACCCAAAGACCAUUGAUUCUAUAUUAUUAGGUAAUUUUGUUAAAGCUGUGUAUACAGGAAAUUUACCAAACGAUUGGUCAAAAUUAAUUAGUUCUGCAGCCACAUUGUCAUUAAAACAAUUAAUUUCAAAACUGAAGAACAGUAGCACUUGGAAUUCCAAUUCAUUGAUCCAAAUAUACCAAGAAUUAAAAGAAAUCCACAUUAAAGACGAGAGAGAUAAAAUGGUUGUAAUGAUUAAUUUACAACAUUUAUUUUUUGAUAAUCCACAAUCAUUCAAACAUUUAUCUCCUAAUACCAUUGAAGGUAUGCUAAUACCAGAGCUAUGCACCAGUAUUCAACUAUUAAUAAAAAGCCAAGCCACACAGGGUGCUACGGUAAAUAAUCCAGUAUCCAAAAUAGUUCCUCUGUUAUCUAUUGUAUUAACUUUAACAACAGAUAUCAAUUAUUUCCCUAAUGAAGUUAAAGAAAUAUUUUUCAAUUGCUUUAAAUUACAGGAUAGACAAACCAGAUUCCUAUUAUUAAUCUAUUUUUCAAAAAUUAAAGAUUGCUUCACUCAAAAUGAAAUCUCUGGUAGAAUCUUCCCUCAUUAUUCUCAAGGUUUAGCUGAUUCCGAUAAAACAAUGCGUUUACAAACAUUAAAGAAAAUACCACUUAUUGUACCAUAUCUAACAGAAAGGCAAUUAAAUAAUGAAUUAUUGAGGUUCUUAGCAAAGACUCAAGUUGAUCCUGACAUCGAAAUUCGUACGUGGACUGUGCUUAUAAUGACUAAAAUUUCUACAAAUCUUUCCAAAUCUUCAGGUAACCGUGCAAAUAUAUUAGCCACAGUGUUUACAAAAUCAUUGAAAGAUCCAAAUAUUAAACCUAGAUUAGCUGCAUUAUACGGUUUAACGGAGUCUAUUGACUUGUUUGAUAUUGUUACUAUUGCUAAUAAAAUUUUAACAGUUAUUGCCCCAGGUUUGUUAGAUAAAAAUCCCCUAGUUAGAACUAAGGCAAAAAUGCUAUUUAACAAAUAUUUAAAUAAACUGGAAUCAGAAGCUAAAAUUAUGCAUGAAGAUAAUGAAGAAGAAAUAGCAGCAACUGAUAUUAAUUUUGAUAAAUAUCAAAUGGAAACUGAUGAUUUAGCAGAACAAUUUAUGUCCAAUUUGAGAAUCUCAAUACCUAAUGAACCUGUAUUUGAUGACUCAGAACAUAUCUCUUCUGACCUCACCAAUAAUAACAAUAGCAUUAUUACUACAAAUAAUGAUGACAAUCUCUGGGAUCAAUUUGAUCAUAAGGAAUCUGAUAAUUUUGGUUGGGAUCAAGAAGAAGAAAUCACAAAUAAUUUUGAUGAUGGAUGGGAUAAUGAUGAUUCAAAUAAUUGGAAUGAUGAUACAGCCAAUGCUUUGACCAAUGAUAUUGUGACCCAAGGUAAAAAGAUACCAAUUACCAAAUCCUGGAAUGAUGAAUUAAAUGAUGACACAAAUACAAUUAAUGGUACAAAUGACCAUGUAACUAGAUUAAGAUUAGGUAGGAAAAAGACUUCAAGCAUUCUUUCUAAAGCAAGAAAUGCUUCACAAACCAGUAUUCUUUCUAAAACAAAGAAUACGUCUCAAACAAGUAUUAUCUCUAAAGCAAGAAAUGACUCUCAAACAAGCAUUCGUAAAAUCUCAGAAAUUAAGACUAAACCAAUUGCAAAAAAGGCAGUUACCAAGCCUGCUUCGACCGGAACUGAUGAUUUUGAUGACGCAUGGGAUGACGCAUGGUAG